AUGUUCUCAAAGGUCCUCGCUCUUUGCGCUUUCGUAGCGGUGUCGUCGGCAGGUCUGGUGCCCACUGCGGUCCACUACUCCCCCGCCAGCGCCGUCUCAUCCCAGAGCAUCGUGCGCAACGACAAGAAGAUCCUCGCCGCCCCAGCCUUCGCUUACCACGCCGCCCCCGCCGCCGUCACAUACCACGCUGCCCCCGCUGCCGUUACCUACCACGCCGCCCCCGCCCCCGUUACCUAUCAUUCUGCCCCCGCUUCCUUUACCUACCAUACCGCCCCUGCCGCCGUGGCCUACCAUGCCCCAGCCCCGAUCGCCUACCACGCCGCUCCAGUCGCCAAAGUGAUCGCCGCUGAGGAGAUGUCUCACCCCAAGUACGAGUUCUCGUACUCCGUGGCCGACAGCCACACCGGUGACAAGAAGGAGCAGCACGAGACCCGCGACGGAGACGCAGUCCAGGGCUCCUACUCCUUCCUCGAGGCCGACGGCUCCAUCAGGACCGUGCAGUACUCCGCCGACGACCACAACGGCUUCAACGCCGUCGUGUCCAACACCGCCCCCACCGCCGCCCCCGCCUACAUCAAGGCCGCCCCCGUAGCGCACUACAUCCACUGAAACAAUGACUGAAUUUAUUCUCUUAGCAAUAAAACGAACG